AUGCCAACAACUUCCAAGGACUUGGCUGCUCUAUGGAUGACCAGCACUGCAAGCUCCAGAUUCCAAAAAAAAUGGAUCAGAAAGCAUAUCGAUUCGAGGAGUUCCAAAGAAACUGAAGAAGAGCAAGAUCUAGAUGUAGAUAGAGAGUGGAGACGAGCUAAUUAA